CCGGAAGCGGUUGGAAGCGUCGGGGAGCGCGUCUGCCUCCUUUUCCGGUUGGCGUGGUUUGCGAGUGCAGCGGCCGCCGCGCCCGGGCCUUCACCAUGAGCGUCCCGGCCUUCAUCGACAUCAGUGAGGAAGACCAGGCUGCUGAGCUUCGAGCUUAUCUGAAAUCUAAAGGAGCUGAAAUUUCAGAAGAGAACUCAGAAGGUGGACUUCAUGUAGAUUUAGCUCAAAUUAUUGAAGCCUGUGAUGUAUGUCUGAAGGAAGAUGAUAAAGAUGUUGAAAGUGUGAUGAACAGCGUGGUAUCCCUCCUGUUGAUCUUGGAGCCAGAAAAGCAAGAAGCUUUGAUUGAAAACCUCUGUGAAAAGCUGGUCAAAUUUCGGGAAGGUGAACGCCCAUCUCUGAGACUGCAGUUGCUAAGCAACCUUUUCCAUGGGAUGGAUAAGAAUACUCCUGUAAGAUAUACAGUAUAUUGUAGCCUCAUUAAAGUGGCAGCAUCAUGUGGGGCCAUCCAAUAUAUUCCAACUGAGCUGGAUCAGGUUAGAAAAUGGAUUUCUGACUGGAACCUUACCACUGAGAAAAAACACACCCUUUUAAGGCUACUUUAUGAGGCACUUGUGGAUUGUAAGAAAAGUGAUGCCGCUUCAAAAGUCAUGGUAGAAUUGCUAGGAAGUUACACAGAAGACAAUGCUUCCCAGGCUCGAGUUGAUGCCCACAGGUGUAUUGUACGAGCAUUGAAAGAUCCAAAUGCAUUUCUUUUUGACCAUCUUCUCACUUUAAAACCAGUCAAGUUUUUGGAAGGCGAACUUAUUCAUGAUCUUUUAACCAUUUUUGUGAAUGCUAAAUUGGCAUCAUAUGUCAAGUUUUAUCAGAAUAAUAAAGACUUCAUAGAUUCACUUGGACUAUUACAUGAACAGAAUAUGGCAAAAAUGAGACUACUUACUUUUAUGGGAAUGGCAGUGGAAAAUAAAGAAAUUUCUUUUGAUACAAUGCAACAGGAACUUCAGAUUGGAGCUGAUGAUGUUGAAGCAUUUGUUAUUGAUGCCGUGAAAACAAAAAUGGUCUACUGCAAAAUUGAUCAGACCCAGCGAAAAGUAGUUGUCAGUCAUAGCACACAUCGGACAUUUGGAAAACAACAAUGGCAACAACUGUAUGACACACUUAAUGCCUGGAAACAAAACUUGAACAAAGUGAAAAACAGCCUUUUGAGUCUUUCUGAUACCUGAAUUUUUAUGCUAUAAAUAUUUUUCUUUUGGGGAAACAUCUAAAUGAUAGUAAAACAUUUUAAGCUGAAAUUUGACAACAGUCUGAACAUUUAUUGUCUCAAGUCCAAAAGAAAUUACAAUCUUCAGAGGGUACAAUGUAAUAAAUUACGAAGGGUCUCACUGUGUCUAUCUUGAAUAAUAUGUAAGUUGUGUUCUAUUAAGGAAGGGUCUUGAAGGUGCAGCAGGAGCUUUGAUGAAAGGUAUAUGGAGGAAAGGCCAAUUUAAGGGGAUAUGAUGCUAAUAGCAAACUUUGCAAUCUUAACUCAGCUAUCUUAACUGAAGCAUUUUAUGGGCAAAAACAUAGCAGUAAUACAACUUCA